AAGCCAUUAUUCCGUCCACCAAAAACCCCUUUCCCCCGUCUUUUCCUCCAACAAAAACCAGACUCGGUUCUUCAUUUCUUCUUCUUCCAAAUCUCCAAAAUCUUUCUUCCUUUCUCUCAAAUCUCUACAUCCAUGGCCGCCACAGCUUCCCCACACUCCCUUCUUCUUCAGAAUCCUCAUCGCCACCAUCUCAAAACCUCCAUUUCCACCCCUCAUUUCAAUGCCUUCCCUCUCCCUUCUCCCUCUCCCUCUCCCCACCGCUUCUCAAUCUCCUGCUCAGCAGCUUCCACCACCUCCCCUCUCGAGCUUCAGAAUCCCCCGUCUUCCCACAAUUCUUCCGACGAUCGUGUCUUCAACUUCGCCGCCGGCCCCGCCACCUUGCCGGAGUCCGUCCUGAAAAGGGCUCAGUCCGAGCUCAUCAACUGGCGCGGAUCUGGCAUGAGCGUAAUGGAAAUGAGUCAUAGAGGUAAAGAUUUCACAUCCAUAAUCCAAAAGGCCGAAUCAGAUCUCAGAAGCCUUCUGGAUAUUCCCUCCGAUUACGCUGUUUUGUUCUUGCAGGGCGGCGCCACCACUCAAUUCGCCGCCAUCCCUUUGAAUCUGUGCAGACCCGACGACACCGUCGAUUAUGUCGUCACUGGCUCCUGGGGCGACAAGGCCUUCAAAGAGGCUCAGAAGUAUUGUAAACCUAAGGUUAUUUGGUCGGGCAAAGCUGAAAAAUACACCAAAAUCCCAGCAUUCGAGGAUCUGGAACAAAGCCCUAAUGCCAAAUAUUUGCAUAUUUGUGCGAACGAAACCAUCCAUGGAGUUGAAUUCAAGAACUAUCCAAAUCCGAAAACCCUCUUGGUGGCUGAUAUGUCCUCCAAUUUCUGCUCAAAACCUGUGGACAUAUCUAAAUUUGGGAUAAUUUAUGCUGGAGCUCAGAAGAACGUUGGGCCAUCUGGGGUCACCAUUGUUAUAAUCAGGAAGGAUCUGAUCGGUGGAGCACAAGAAAUCACUCCCGUGAUGUUGGAUUUCAAGAUCCACCAUGAAAACAAUUCGCUCUACAACACCCCACCUUGCUAUGGCAUCUACAUGUGUGGAUUGGUGUUUGAGGAUCUGCUGGAACAGGGGGGGCUGAAGGAGGUGGAGAAAAAGAACAAGAAGAAGGCCGACAUCCUAUACGAGGCAAUCGAUCAAAGCAACGGAUUCUACCGAUGCCCAGUCGAGCGUUCGGUGAGAUCAUUGAUGAAUGUACCAUUCACUUUGGAGAAGCCAGAGCUGGAAAGUGAGUUUGUGAAGGACGCAGCUAAAGAGAAGAUGGUUCAGCUGAAGGGGCAUAGAUCCGUGGGAGGAAUGAGAGCUUCAAUAUACAAUGCAAUGCCAUUGGCUGGAGUGGAGAAAUUGGUUGCUUUCAUGAAGGAUUUCCAGGCAAGGCAUGCUUGAUUUGAUCAUAGUAUGAUUAUUUAAGUCUAAUUUGCAGCUACAGUAUUUUCAGCUCUCAAGUGAAAAAUCAAGGCAGUGCAUCAUCAUCAUCAUAUUAUGUUGUAUCGUUUUGGGAUUUUUUUUUUUUUUUUUUUUUUUUUUUGGCAAUCUUUGCUGGAUCUUUGAUUUGUGCAAUGUGGGGAAUGGGGAGUUUGUGUCUUUUCUAAUGGGGUUUUUGAGCAAAAUUUCACAUGAGGAUUUUGAUCUUCUGCAGAAAAAUGAGUAGUUUAGUUUUUUACGGGGAGGGGUGAUUAUAAAUGUUUGAAGCUUUCGAGUCAAUAACCUCUAAAUGCAGCCAUGUUUAGAUAAUGCUAUGCAUG